AUGAGGAACCCUGGGGGCCCAGGCUGGGCAUCAAAAAGGCCGUGCGAACAAGCAGAACCACAGACAGCGUGUCUCUGUGCCCAGCAGCCAGCCAGACACCUUGUAUCUGCUCUCAACUUGUCUAGGCCGGGCAAGAACACGGCCCAGUCGAUAGAACCCUCGCUCUCCAGCGUGAUUGCGCCCACACUCUUCUGCGCGUUUCUUUACUUGGCUUGUGUCACUGCUGAACUUCCAGAGGUGAGCAGAAGGAUGGCCGCCAGCGGAGCCAGAAGCAGGGAAGGACGCCGGGAGCAUGCCUUCAUCCCAGAACCUUUCAACGGUGCUAACAUAGCUCCCAGCCUUUGGCUGCACCGCUUUGAAGUCAUUGAUGACCUCAACCACUGGGACCAUGCCACCAAACUGAGAUUCCUGAAAGAGUCGCUCAGGGGAGAUGCCCUGGAUGUCUACAAUGGACUCGAUUCCCAGGACCAGGGCGAUUACAGUAUUGUGAAGGAAGCCCUCCUGAAGGCCUUUGAGGGCCCUGGGGCCACCUACAGUCAGCCCAAAGAGAUUGUGUUUGCCAACAGCAUGGGUAAGGGCUACUACCUCAAAGGGAAGAUUGGCCACGUGCCUGUGAGGUUCCUGGUGGACUCUGGGGCUCAGGUGUCUGUGGUUCACCCCUCCUUAUGGGAGGAGGUCACUGAUGGUGACCUGGAUACUCUUCGUCCUUUUGACAAUGUGGUCAAAGUGGCCAAUGGAGCCGAGAUGAAGAUCUUGGGUGUGUGGGACACAGAAGUGAUCCUGGGCAAGCUGAAGCUGAAGGCCGAGUUUCUGGUGGCCAAUGCAAGUGCAGAAGAAGCCAUUAUUGGCACCGACGUGCUGCAGGACCACAACGCCGUGCUGGACUUCGAACACCGCACCUGCACCCUGAAGGGGAAGAAGUUCCGUUUGCUUCCUGUCGGGGGUUCCUUGGAGGAUGAGUUUGACCUGGAGCUCAUUGAGGAGGAGUCUCCUGCACCGGAGGGCUCCCACUAAGAAACCCCAUUUCUUAUCCCCAGCGUUGGGACCUUGUGUUGGGGGGAGCAGAUGUCCUGGGGGGGAUAUCAUCAGGCCUGCCAGUCUUUAUACUUGUUCUCAGUUUCCCUCCUUCUACAGAAGCCUUGCCUUGUCUCUGUUUGGGGAGGGAGGCCAGCUUGGUAGCCUAAAGCAGUGUCCCCAGGAUCUACAAAGACUUCCAAGCUGGCAGGAGCUUCUGAGAAAGUUGGGAAUGUCUAUCUUGAAAGAGGGCUAGGGACCCUUUUGGAUCCCCUGAGGUAUGGCUCAGUUAUUUUCACAUCCCCAAGUCUGCUGAGCUGAACCUGGUCUUGGCUAAGACCCUCACAAUCCAAAUCCUUGGAGGCUGCUCUGGGAGUCUGGCAGCUG